AUGGCAAUUACCUACGACUUCAUUGUGUACAGCAGUAGAAUAUCGGAAACGGAGUGGACUCUCGGGAUGAAGGCUGUUCACGGAGAGGUGCCGCUGGAUAUCGUCAUACCUGACGAGUAUGGGUCAUCAGAUCCUGAGAAUCCCGAAGUCGUCGGCGUUUUAACGGCCGAAGGGUUGGAGCGCGAGAGCCCCGAUGGUUGGAACUCUACCGAUACCUCCGGCAGUUGA